AUGCGUUUCGAACUUGUCAUUUUGGCUCACCUUGCCAGCUCGGUGACUGGUCUUGCUGUCGUACAGGGCGGUAACAAGCUGAUCAACGUUCGCGCUGAUCCAGUUACAACUUUCGUCCCGAUACCCUCUCCUACUGCAUCGUCUCCGUCUCCCCCUGAAGAUAUUGAGGAAUGCCCCGGCGCGCCUGGUUACUCCUACUCCCCGGUUGAUUGGCGCAUCAAACGCCUAGGCGGUACUCGUCCCUGGAUCCAGAAGACCUGUCUGGAUAAAGAGCCUAGCAAAGGUUAUGGUACCGACAUUCACGUUGAGCGCGGCUGUAUUAUGAUUGAGGACUCAAAGCAAUGCGCGCCUUCGUUCGGCAGGGUUGGAUUGCGUCCCGAGGAGGAACCCUACCACGCCAAUGCGACGAGUGAUAGCAUACUCAGCGUUGAGCUAUAUGCUAUGUUCGACGGUAACGAUCAGAAUCCUGAAGUGACUCCUCCUUGCCGGCUCUCGGUACAAUGGCCUGGCGACUGGCGUGAUCUGGACUUCACCGCCGAGAACUGUAUUACGGAUCGCAGUGGAGAGUGGAAAGAGUGCUGCCCCAAACGUGGAAAUAACAAUGAUCGAGUUGUUCGCAAUCCAUACGUGUGA